AGGCAGGCAGCGGCCAAGAUUAUGUGACCUCAGAAAAUCAGCUGCUUUACUACCCGAGUAUUACCUAUGCUAUCAUCGGUAGCUCUGUCAUUUUUGUGCUCGUGGUGGCCUUUCUUGCCUUAGUCCUGCAUCACCAACGGAAACGCAACAAUCUCAUGCCCCUGCCAGUGCAUCGGCUGCAGCACCCUGUCCUGCUGUCCCGGCUGGUGGUCCUCGACCACCCGCACCACUGCAGCGUCACCUACAACGUCAACAACGGGAUCCAGUACAUGUCCAACCAGGCCUAUCCCAGGCCACUGGACCUGGACUCUCCACCAUCUUAUUCGGAGGCUGUGCUCGACCAAAGCAGACCGCCUUGGUUUGACCUUCCUCCACCACCUUAUUGCUCUGAAUCUGAAUCCCCUAAUCAGCCAGAUCUUCCUCCUUACCGAUCUCGGACGGGAAGCUUGGUGAGCACAGACACCCCCAUGGCAGGAAGCCCUCUGGGCACAGCCGGCAGUUGGACAAGAGACAUCCAUGACAGCAUGGAUGGCCACAGAACUCUUCUUGAUAGGACAACAGACCAAAGCGAUUCUCUGGUCAACCACACUGCUGCAGGAGAAGUGUAA